AUGGCCGAGACCGCUGCCGAAGUCAAGCUCUUUAACAAGUGGACCUACGAUGACAUCAAGGUCAACGACGUCGCUUUGAUCGACUACGUUGCCGUGUCGGGCAAGGCCGCCACGUUCCUCCCGCACACUGCGCAGCGCUACCAGAAGAAGCGCUUCCGCAAGGCCCAGUGCCCGAUCGUCGAGCGCUUGAAGCUCAUGGCGAACCGCAUCAUCCGCCACACUCUGGAGAUCAUCCACCUCCUCACGGACCAGAACCCGUUGCAGGUCGUCGUCGACGCCGUCAUCAACGCCGGUCCCCGUGAAGACUCGACGCGCGUCGGCUCGGCCGGUGUCGUCCGUCGCCAGGGUGUCGAUGUUUCGCCCUUCCGCCGCGUCAACCAGGCCCUCUACUUGUUGACCACGGGUGCCCGCGAAGCCUCGUUCCGCAACGUCAAGACCAUCGCCGAAUGCUUGGCCGAUGAGUUGAUCAACGCCGCCAAGGGCUCGUCCAACUCGUACGCGAUCAAGAAGAAGGACGAAGUCGAGCGCGUCGCCAAGGCCAACCGGUAA